UCAGAUCUCUCGUGCUGAUUGCUCCAUGCUUUUGUCUGCAUGUGUUGGUAAGGAACGCAAGUUGCAACGCGACUGUGACUAUAAUUACAAGUUACGUACAAGUUCUUUAACAACUAGUUAAAUCUGAAAUUUUCUACAAAUGAUGAUUGUUUUUACAGAUUAUGGUACAACUUUCUGGAACUGUACAGACUGUAUGCAGCUGAAUUAGUGUUAAAACUUUUAUCAAGUUUCUUUCGGAAAUCGAAAUUUUUUUUUUAUAGAUAUCAAGGAGAAUGGACUUCUUUAUGAUAUGUAUCUUGUUCUUGCCUCUCCAUCCAUACAUCGGAAUAUGUGGGGCUCUUACCAACGCUCCAACCAAAAUACACAUAGGGGUGUUGCUGGAAGAUCCAACUCAGCGAGAAGAAGAUAUAGUUGCCUUAGCGGUCCAACAGAUUAACGAGAGUGAAAAUUUACUGAAGAACAUCGAGUUUUCGUAUGACUUAAAGAAUCUAAGUUUUGGAAAUCCUUAUCAAGUUAUUCGUGAAGCUUGCUCAUUGCUGGACGAUAACAUCACAGCACUGGUGUCCUCAACAUCGUGUGAAUCGAAUCUAGCAAUUCAGUCGCUUGCUGAAGAAUACAACAUCCCGCAUUUUGCUGUACCUAAGGAUAAGUGUUCCAUAGAAAAAAGUAACAGUUUUACUGUCAGUAUCAGGCCGUCGUUUGAGCAUCAAAAUGCAAUUGUGUUUGACUUCAUAAAGUAUAUGAAAUGGAUUAAAGUAUGUAUCUUCUACGAUAGUGACAUUGCCUUUAGGAAUGUGGAAGAUAUGUUAACAGAAGCAUCGAGUGAUAAUUAUUAUCUUGAAGUAAUAUUGUUUCGUCUGGAAAGAAAUCGGUCAGGUGAGCUAGACACGGUAUCAUCUUUGGAUCUUGCAAAGAAAUCAUCAAUUAAACACUUUAUCGUAUUUUGCAACACCAGAAACAGCUUGAAAUUACUACAAAUGGCGGCAAAUCAUGGUAUGGCUUCUGAGGACUACAAGUGGAUCGUAACAACACAGAUGAGUCGAGAUGAGGUACGCCCUCUAACGGAAUCUCCUGCUGGGAGAGAACGUGAAGAGACAGAAGCUGCAGAGGGACUGCAAUUCUUCAACACCACUGAUAGGGGUAUCUUGGAGCUACUGAGAAACCAGAUUUUAAUUAAUAAAGAACCAGACUUUUUAGAGGCUUGGUUACACCUUCAUCCUCAUGUCAAUUAUACAUUUGAAUCAGACGCAGCUGUCAUCACACCAAACCCUUUUGAAGAUAUCCAGAUCACUGCUGCCUAUUUGUACGAUGCUAUUCGGUUUGUGGCGACCGCAGUGAAACUCCAGAUUGAGAAAAGCUGGGAAAAUCCAUUGGAAAAUAGAUGUCUGCGAAAAAAGAAAAAGAACAAUGAAAAAUGGGAAACAGGUUCAAAGCUAAUGAAUACAGUCCGAUCUAUGUCGCCAUUCAAAGGGCUCACGGGGCCGAUUUAUUUACCUAAUGCUGACGUUAACAUCAAUAUUUCCAUGGAAAUAUUAACAAUACAACGAACUUCUAAUGUAUCAUCAUCAUUAAAGAUUGGAACAUGGGAUAUAGUCGGAGGUCUAAACUUAACAGCGACACCGUUCGUCUUCCAGAACUCGUUUCCAAAAAAUAAGACCCUAAGGAUCGUAACGAUUGUGGAGGCGCCGUUUGUGGUGAAAGAAGAUUCGGUUGAGGGAACUGAGUAUACCGGGUUCUGCAUCGAAUUAAUCCAAAAAAUUGCCAAGGAUCUUGAAUUUGAAUACACUAUUUACGAUGUGCCUGACAAACAAUAUGGCGUAAGAGAGAAAGAUGGUAAAUGGAAUGGUUUGAUUGGACAAGUGUACUAUUCCAAGGCUGAUAUUGCGUUAGCAGGCAUGAUUAUAAAUUCCGAUCGGGAAGAAGUGAUCGAUUUUACAAAGCCAUAUAUGAAUUACGGCGUUGGAAUACUAAUGAAAAAGACCGAAGAACAACGAAAUGUUUUCGCUUUUCUCGAUCCGCUUGCAUGUACUGUUUGGUUUUCUAUCUUGGCGGCGCUCUUUGUUGUCGGCAUUAUGGUGUAUGUAUUGGAUAGACUUAGUCCGUACAGCAGUUACCGAAGUAGUAACCGGAGUCCAGACGUUGACGACUUUAACUUCAGAAACAGUAUGUGGUUUGCGUUUGCCUCAUGUAUGCAGCAAGCUCCGUGGAAAUACGAGCGAGUACACACGAAAUCAGGUGGUGACAAUACUCCGAUAUCAAUAUCUGGGAGGAUAUUAAGUGCAGCCUGGUGGAUGUUUGCUCUGAUCAUCAUCGCUACCUAUACGGCAAAUCUUGCUGCGUUUCUUACAGUAACUCGUAUGGAAAACCCAAUUAACUCGCUGGAAGAUCUUGCGUACCAAAAGAAAGUUUCAUACGGCACAAUCAAUGGUAGCAGUUUAGAAAAAUAUUUUGAGAAAAGAAAGCACACAGGUAUUUAUGAAAUCCUAUGGAACUACAUGAGCGAUGUCGAUAGUCUUCUAUCGCCAAUGGUCGACAGUGCUGAAGAAGGAUAUAACCGUGUGGCAGAUGGCAAUUACGCGUUCUUCUGGGAUGCACCUAUCCUGGACUAUAUUAAACAAACUGAGUGCGACUUGAUGACUGUCGGUAAACCAUUCAAUUUAAAAGGAUAUGGUAUUGCAACAGCAGAAGGAUCACCAUACAGAGACAAGAUGUCCAUGGCUAUCCUUAAACUCCAAGAAGACGGUGAACUAGAAGACAUGCGCAAAAGAUGGUUCGAAAGAGAAAGCUCAUGCAGUGACGAUCAGGCGAGCAUAGCACGUAACGCUAACGCUAAUGAAAUUGGGCUUAACAAGAUUGCUGGUGCUUUUUAUAUUUUGAUCAUGGGGAUCGUGUUGUCUUUCAUUGUAGUAGGAGUAGAGCACAUGACAUUUAAUAAGUACAAAAAUGGUAAUCGGAAGUUCGACAAUAAAUAUGAGUCGGAUUGGCGAGAGGUUAGAACUUCUAGAAAUAAUGGAGUCUUGGAGAAUAGUUCGCAUAUUGUAGUGAGAAAUGAUGAUUCGGUGGUUUUGUCACCUUUAAGACCUAAAGCAUGGAAUACCAGCAUCAACUCAGAGAGUGCCUGCUAAUACCCAAGACUCCGAAAUCAAAUGACGACGAUGGCUGGUAAUGAUAAUUAAUAUUUAAUAACAAAAUUGUAUUCUGGUCUGUAGACGAGGAAGUUAAACAAUUAGUGCAUUAUACACACGCUCACACACAAAUCAUAUACUCUAUAUUAUAUAGGCCAAUAUAUGUAUUUAU